UUUCUUCCCGGGCGGAAGCCCGGGGAGCGCAUCCCGGGAGAGCGCGGGCCGCGGGUCUUCCUUUGCUGAGCCGACUGUGAGCUGCGGGGUAGGAGGCGAGUCCGGCGCUCUCCGAUCAUUCGUAGGCUCCAGCGGCGUCCAACCUCGGAAUAGCUGUGAAAGCUGCUGGACCUGGUGGUCGGGUUCUCUGUUCUCCCUUUUCUUCCUUGCCACUUUUAGUUGGCCCCCAAGAUCUAGGAGUCGGCAGGAGGGACCUGAGCCGCGGCCCUAGGAUGGGAAACAGUGCCCUACGCGCUCAUGUGGAAACCGCGCAGAAAACUGGUGUCUUUCAGCUUAAGGACCGUGGGCUGACCGAGUUCCCCUCAGAGUUGCAGAAGCUGACCAGCAAUCUAAGGACCAUCGACUUGUCCAACAACAAGAUUGAGAGCCUACCGCCUAUGAUUAUAGGGAAGUUCACUCUGCUGAAGAGCCUCUCCUUGAACAACAACAAACUGACUGUUCUUCCUGAUGAGUUAUGCAAUCUGAAAAAACUAGAGAUGCUAAGCCUAAACAACAAUCACUUGAGAGAGCUACCAUCUACCUUUGGGCAACUGUCAGCCCUCAAGACCCUGAGCCUCUCUGGGAACCAGCUGCGAGCCCUACCACCACAACUCUGUAGCCUAAGGCACUUGGAUGUGGUGGAUCUCUCCAAGAACCAGAUUCGGAGCAUACCUGACACAGUGGGGGAGCUGCAGGUCAUCGAACUCAAUCUCAACCAGAACCAGAUAUCUCAGAUCUCAGUAAAGAUAUCUUGCUGUCCUCGUCUUAAAGUUCUUCGCCUGGAAGAGAACUGUCUUGAGCUCAGCAUGCUUCCACAGAGCAUCCUCAGUGACUCCCAGAUCUGUCUGCUUGCUGUGGAAGGCAACCUUUUUGAAAUAAAGAAACUUCGAGAACUGGAAGGCUAUGAUAAGUACAUGGAGAGGUUCACGGCCACUAAGAAGAAGUUUGCAUGAUGUUCUCCAGGAGCAUGGGAACCAUAUAGGACACUGACUUGGAAUCUGUUGCAAUCUGGCUGAAUCAGAGGCUCCUGUUGUUGUCAAGGAUUAUCUGCAGUAAGGAGAUGAUACUCCAGAUUAUAUUUUGCUCAAUGAUCUUUUUCCUUUCCACGACUCGUCUUAAGUAAGCUAAAAGAAAUCAAGAGACAAUAAGAGCCUUCCAUUUUGAGUCAUGGAUAGGGCAGAGACAAUGUUGAUCAUCAAAACCAUCAUUAGUCUGCCUUUAAGAAACCAGUAGCUAGUUGCUAUUUAUACAGUGAAGGGAUGCUACCCGGUAACAGAAUCACUCCAUAUCACAGCUUGAAAUUUCAUGUUUAGUUUCAGUGUAUGGGCUUUCAUAAAGUUGACUGCCAUUCCACCUGUGUUAACAUUUUGUAUUUUUAUGAAAUUCAAAUAAUUUGUGAGAGGCUACUAUGGUUAAUCUAAGGAUUUAUGAUUUCAUUUCAGUCCAUCAAUUCAAUUGCAGUGUUUAUACUUGGAAUUUAGAAUGUACAUAAAUAUGUGACUGUCUUGUUUAAAAGUGUACUGUCAGAGAAGCACCAAUACAACACUAAGAGAUGUGUCCCCAAGGCUGCAGUAGCAAAUUUUUUACUAUUGCAGGUGCCUUAUUGGUAGAGAGCUUUGAAGAGCAAAAACCAUAUAUGCAAAACUUGUAAGAUACAAAGGGUUUUAAUAAUCAAGAUUUUCCCGAAACUUUGUUAGAAAUAAUGUCUUAUUUCUGGUAAUCCUUUUCCCUUUUUGUAUUUAUAAUUCUAAUCAAAUUACCAAUCAAAAAACUAUCUGUAUAAUAUUUUAAAAUAACUAUGUUUAUAAAGCUUAUUCUCUGGGUGAGAGAAUAUACUAAAUAAAGAAUUUUUAAUGAACUUUGACUGGAGAAAGGGUUAAUCCUUCUUCCAUCAAAGGAAGAAGACAGGAGAAAAUUUAACCUGUAUGUGGUUCUUUGUUUGAAAGUAAAGUGAUUAGGAAACAUUUCAUGUUCUUGUUAAGGUCGCAGGAGUACUGAAAUGCCUUCAUGUGACCGAUAAGCAUUUCAUUUUGCAGUACUGGAACCAUGUUUUUAUUGAGAAACUAAAAUUUACAAAGGUAUAUGAUUUUAUGUUGUUACUGACAUGAACAUUUAGAUAACUACCACUCUGUAAUUUUCUGAGGUUUUGUCUUUCUCAGGGCAAUUUAGCGUGUAUUGUCAGUUCUUCUUUUAUAAACCUAGUUUAACCAUUAAGCCAAUAGAUCACAACAGCUUAGUGUUUAAACUAUAUGAAGAAGUCUCUCUGACCCUAAAUCUGAUAUGGAUAUUCUCUAUUUUCCAUGUUAUUUUCUGUUUCUCAUCAUGGGGAAGGAUGGGCUGCCAGUUUAUCAUUAGCAAUUGAGUUUGGCUUUUUAUAAACUUUAAUGCUUAACCUUUUUGAUCUACUAAACAAUGUUUCUCUAAAUUUUUUUUAUCAGUACUUAACAUCUAAUAAAUCAGAACUUAUAAAUAACUUAAAUGUCCCCAUUUAAUUAUUAAUUGGAAUUAAAAAAAAAUCCCUCCUGAGAAUCAGUGACUGCUAGCUUUCAUAACUUGGACCCAGCCUUAUUUCCAGAUACCCCUUCUUCACUCUCAUGUGCCUGCUCAGUCACACCAGAUUAUUCUCCUUAAACCCACAGUGCAGGGUCUCUCCUGUAAUUUGCCUUUACAUUGUUUGCUCAGUCAGGAAUGCCCUCUCUAAAAUGCUCCUCUCUAAAACCCAUUUUAAGUCUAAGCCAAAUUAAUUAAUCCCCCAUCUGUUAUGAUAGCACUUCUCACAUUCUAUAUUCAUCUGUCCCUUGUUCGAACGAGCUACUUGUGGGCAGGAGCUAUGUAAAGUAACAUGCUCAGAUUUAUAGUGCACAAGUAUUUAGACUUAACUAUGAGCUGACAUAAUGAAGUUGGUUUACUAGUAUGUGGUCUGGAGACCCAUAUUCUAGUUUGGCCACCAGCCCUAAGUCACCCACAUUUUUUUAGAGCUUGGUUGGAAGUCAUUGUAGUAUAUUAAGAUCAUGGGCCUUGGAGUUAGAAAGAUCCUGAUUUGAAUCCACAGUAUUUCAUUUACUACCUCUGUGAAUUUGUGCAAUUCAUUCCCAUCUGUAAUAUGGGGAAUACCUCCUAACGUUUCAAGUAUGAGGAUAUGGUAAAAAGAUACAUAAGGCAUUUAGCAGAGUGCACACAACAGAGUAAGCAAUCAAUAAAUGCUGCCAUUUAUUUCAUCUGUAAGGCAUUAAAAUAGAAGUUAAGUUAUAUAGAAAUGGAAGGCUUGCAGCAAAUAACUACAUUUAAAAGGAUAAAAACAAAUGACUAGAGAAUAAGGAACUUGAAUACCAAUCUGAAAAAUACAAA